UGGCUACUCUGUUGGGGUGGCAGUAGAAGAAGAAAAAAAAAAAUACAGACUCCAAUAACGGGCGCCGCGCUUAUCGGAAAAUUCAGUGUGUGCUGAAAAAAAGAAAAUGAAAAUUUUUACAUAAAAUCUCUCAGCAUUGUCAAAUAUUCCAUCAAUUAUUUCAAUAUUUACAUAAUGCCCUAAAGUGUAUAUGAAAUUUCAUUAAAAAUAAUGCAACAAAAUUGUGAUAAAUCAAAUUACGAAAAUUUUAUGUGUAUACCAAUCAGAAUUACUACCACCACCCGUUAUAGUGUGUAGAAAAAAAAAAUUAUGAUGAAGAAAAUCCAAAAGAAAACCAAAUUUUAGCUAAAUUAUGGAGCAAAAUAAUCGAAUUUUCUUUAUUUUCAUUGAAAAUUAAAAGUUUUCAGUGAAAUUUAGUUUGUCUAAAAGGCAUUAAAAAAUGAUGAACGAAGAAGAAACAGAAUCUGCUGAUGCAGAAGGAGGAGCUGCUGCUGCUGCUUGUGCAGCAGAAAAGACUGAAUCGAUAGGAGAAGAGACAAUGGGAGGAGGGGAUCAGAAUGAGGUUGAUGGGGCAGCAGCAAUAUCAGAAAAUGCAAAUGACGACAACGACAAGGUUGACCAUGACAAUUUAGAGUCAUUGACACUGAAUGCGGAUGUUGAUGAUGAUAAUGUUGUUGUUGUUGAUGAUGUUGAUGAUGAACCUGUUCUUAAUGAUCAAGCAGGUGUUUCUACUUCGGCUGCAGGGAACUGCUACUUGAUGAAGAAGGAAGAAGGUGCCGAUUUGCAUUUGCUAGACGACAAGAAAUUGAACGAUGAAGAAGCAGGAACAUCUCGCGAGUUACACUGUGGCGGAGAACAUUCAUCAGCAUUAAAAAAGGAGCUCUCUCCGGUCCAAUUAUCACCAUGCUCGAGUAACACAGAUCCCGAUGCAAUCUCACCAUGUUCUUCAGUCAAUUGUUCAGGAACACGUAGAAAAAUUAUGCUAAAUCCAAAUUCUGAUACACCACCAGUGAAUGGAACAAAGAAGAAAAUACGUAGUACACCUUCGCCAGCUUCCAGCAGCAAUGGUAGACGUCUAUCGACCGAACAUGAUACUUUCAAUCUAUGGAUGGCAAGAGAAUGCUAUGAGAACAUUCCAGCCGAAACCGUUUUCGAAGAUGAUUGCAGUGACUAUUCACCAGCACCAAGAACUCCUGUAUCACAAAGUCGUAUGCAUCGGCCGUUGGAAAGAUCCUGGCCACCCAAAGGUUCCACCCCAAAUUCAAACACAAAGAACUCUAAAGUCAGUGGGGAUGUUUUCAAAUUUGAUAUAGUUGAUAUCGAUGAUGAUUAUCGGUUGGGUGAUGAUUGUAUUCUUCCAACAGAUAGAAACUACAGCAAUAGCUGUAUUCAAUCACCUUUGCUGCUAACCAAUGACAUGGAAGAAGGUGCCGCUGCUGCAGCAAUGCUUCCAUCAAGUAGCGGCCCCUCAACUAGUGGAUUAGAACAAAUGAAAUUCAAACCAUUGCUAAAGAAAAAAAUUGGACCAGAUAACUACAUCAAUACAAUUCUUACAAAAAAAGUCCCCGCCAAUGACUUUCAAACUUAUGAUUUUCCCCUAUCGAACGGUGGCAGUCAAGAAUCCUCACCGAACGAAAUAAUACGCCAACAUCGACCACUAACCCGUACCCUAUCGAAUGGUAAACCUAAACCAAUGCCCUUGGAAGGGUGUAAUGAUCUCCCAGCAUAUGCAGUUCCUCGAAUGAUUCAUCCACCACCCCGUCAACGUAGUCCUCCAUCAGGAUCAUCAACUCGCAGUGCUUCCCCACUCGAUUUAUCUUCCCCCGAACCGGUUGGUUCGCCUAUUCCUCCGGUCAUUCCAAAGCCAGUUUUACGUCCACAACCUCGACUACUCACUCGAAUUGGAGGUACAAAUUUAAUAUGUCCUCCUACUCCCACCCAUCAUGCGCGACGAAAUCGCAUGGCUAAUCAGGAUGAAGGUAAUGCUGCAUUGCAUGAAUAUCGUAUUCGAGAAAUUGCAGCUGCUGUUGAAAAUGGUGGUGGUGGAUCUCCUGAUAUUCGAACUGCAGACAUCGUGAGUCUGGCUGGAGGUCGACCUAUCGAAGGAGUAAGAGGAUUCGAUAACAACGAUGGUGAUAUGAUACACAUUUCAAGCACCAGAUUACCCUCAAUCCCAGAACGGGGACGUGGGGUAUUCUCUGAGUCUGAUGAUCCUUUACCGCCGGCUUGGGAAGCACGAAUGGAUAGCCAUGGAAGGAUAUUUUACAUCGAUCAUACUACACGAACAACCAGCUGGCAACGACCAGGUUCGACUGGAGGAGGGCUAUCGUCUGGCGGUCGCGAUCAACACCGUCAACAGUUGGAUAGACGAUAUCAAUCCAUCCGGCGAACUAUAACUAGCGAGGGUCGUGAACUUGCCAUGAAUAGUGGAUGUGCAUCAUCUAAUGGUGGCAGUGGAAGUGUUGCUUCGAGUAAUCGAGCAUCCUCGGCUUCAGAAUUUGAACGUAUUCAAAUUUUAGGCACUCAUCCAGCGGUUUUGAUGCUUUGCCGUCCUGAUUUUUACUCUCUACUUCAUUCCAAUGAAGAAGCCCUUGGUAUUUAUAAUCGUAAUGCUGCCCUAAAACACAUGGUUAUUCGUAUUCGACGCGAUCCGAAUACCUUUCAACGUUACCAAUAUAAUAAAGAUUUGGUAGCACUAGUCAAUUCGUUUGUGCAACUUAGCAAAGAUCUUCCCUCCGGAUGGGAAACCAAAUUAGAUCAUUCAGGCAAACAAUUCUUUAUCGAUCAUAGCAAUCGAAAGACAUCGUUUAUGGACCCACGUCUACCGAUUGAGUGUCCUCGGGUGGCAAGACAUCGACAGCAAAAUGAUAUGAUGAGUGAUGUGGCACCAACACCACCGCCAAGACCAGCUUCAUCGUUGCCAAGAAGUAAUGCUUUGCCAGAGCAUGUUACUGAAAUUCCUGUUGCCUAUAAUGAGAAGGUGAUUGCAUUCCUAAGGCAACCAAAUAUCCUAGAAAUACUACGAGAGAGACAUGGCCAAUCAACUGUAUCGAGAUCAUUACGUGACAAAAUUAAUAUACUUCGUGUUGAAGGUGUACCAGCACUUGAAAGAUUGGGCCAUGAUUUACAGUUGACUAUUUUGUUGAGUCUGUUCGAACAGGAAAUUAUGAGCUAUGUUCCGAUUGAAGAACGCAGCCCUCAAGGUUCACCAAAUCUAAAUUCCCGAAUGCCACAGCGUGGUCCACCACCAUUUCGACGUGAUUUCGAAGCCAAACUACGUGGAUUUUAUAGAAAACUAGAAUCAAAAGGUUACGGUCAAGGACCUCACAAGCUUAAACUUCACAUUCGUCGAACUCAUUUACUAGAAGACGCUUUUCGUCGAAUAAUGUCGGCAAAUAAAAAAGAUCUUCAAAGAGGACGUUUGGCUGUCCUCUGGGAUACUGAAGAAGGUUUAGAUUAUGGUGGUCCUUCAAGGGAAUUCUUCUUCCUUCUUUCACGAGAACUGUUCAAUCCAUAUUAUGGACUGUUUGAAUAUUCGGCAAAUGAUACUUACACCGUCCAAGUGUCUCCUCUGUCGGCUUUCGUUGAUAAUUGUCACGAUUGGUUUCGAUUUAGUGGACGUGUCCUGGGUCUGGCUUUAGUUCAUCAGUAUCUUUUGGAUGCCUUUUUUACUCGACCUUUUUACAAGGCACUCUUAAGACUUCCAGUGGCAUUAAGUGAUUUAGAAUCUCUUGACAACGAAUUCCAUCAAUCUCUACAAUGGAUCCGUGAUAACGAUAUUGGCAAUGGCAACGAUCUUGGUCUAACUUUCUGUGUCACCGAAGAGCUUCUGGGUCGCGUUGUCGACCGUGAACUCAAACCAGGUGGCAAGAAUAUGAUCAUAAAUGAGAAAAACAAAAAAGAAUACUUGGAACGAAUGAUUAAAUGGCGACUGGAACGAGGUGUCCAGGAACAAACUGAAUCUCUAGUUCGAGGAUUCUAUGAAGUAGUCGACUCUCGUCUGGUAUCAGUAUUCGAUGCUCGCGAACUAGAACUAGUCAUAGCUGGAACAGCAGAAAUAGACAUCAACGAUUGGCGUUUGAAUACCGAAUACCGCAGUGGCUAUCAUGACAAUCAUCAAGUGAUUAUAUGGUUCUGGCAGGUAAUUGAGAAAUUUACCAACGAACAACGUUUACGUUUGCUUCAAUUUGUCACCGGUACAUCAAGUAUUCCCUAUGAAGGAUUCUCAGCAUUACGUGGAUCGACGGGUCCUCGGCGGUUUUGUAUCGAAAAAUGGGGUAAGCCGAAUGCUCUGCCAAGAGCACAUACUUGUUUCAAUCGUUUAGAUUUGCCUCCCUAUCCGACGCCAGAGAUUCUCUAUGAGAAACUGUUGCUGGCUGUAGAGGAAACAAAUACUUUUGGAAUUGAAUAAGCUAACACUGCAAGAAUGCGAAUUGAAAUUUUUGUCUUGUAAGUUGUAACUUUUGGCCAGUUUUUUUUUUUUUUUUUAAUUUUUAGAAAAAAAAAAAGAAAAAUGUAGUCAAAGAAUUGAAGAAUGUAAAAUUGAGAAGAAUUAGUUGUUCUUCUCAUGAAAACAAAAAAAAAAAAAGAUAAUUCUGAAUAUUUCAGAGCCUAUGGUAGAUUAGAGAACUAUUUGGAAGAGGGUUCAAUUUUGUUUGCUGUAUACUUUGAUUUCAAACUUAAGAAAAAAAAAAAAUAAUUUAUUUACUUUGGAAGUCUUGUUAGGAAAAACAUCCACGUGUGGAGGUGAAUUGGUAGAAAAUUUAAAGAGCUCUUAUUUUGUUUUCUUAUCAAUUUAUUCUCUUUUAAGUCUAAUGAAUUUUUUGAUUGUUCAAAAAGUUUAUUAAUACCAUGAAAAAAUUGUUUUAUCAAGUUCUCAAAAUAGGCAGAGAUUAUAGAGUUCGCCAGUUCAUCGUCGGUCGUUGAAUUUUUCUUCUUCGAAGUUUGUUUUUCAGUUUGGGGAAUAAAAUAUAAUUAGAAGGGCUAAAUCUGGGUUUUGUUACCAAAAAUUUGAGUUUUAAAUUUUAAACAACUUUGGGAGUAAAUAAGGAAAGUUGGUGAUAAAGGUACCAAGCACACACUUCUGUAAGGCAGUCUCACAAUAUUUGAUGAAGUUUAAGCAUUCUUAUUGAUGUAUUGUGUUUGAUUUAUUAAGAAGUGCCCGUGGUAUUGCGAUUUACAUCAAGUCCAAGAUAUUGUUUGAUAGGUCCAAUACUUUUAGGCUCAAACUUAAGCUCCAAUUACUUCAAUAAGUGUCAUAUCUUAACUUGACACUAACAGGUCAUCCAUAUAAAUCAAGGCGAAAAUCCAAGUAUGUAGGUAUUCCCAGUCUUUUUUGUGUAUAAACAUUGGUCAAUUUGACUUCUUUUGACAUAAAUGCUUUUAAUUAAUUUACAAACUUAAUUACGAAGCCUGGACGUUUUCACAUAUAGACUUUUACCUUUAGAUCACUUUUGAGGAAAGCUGUUUUAGAUUCGUGUUUGUUUCCUGCUUUUGCUUUAAGACAUAAACCUCGUUAACAUAUCUCGAGGGUGUUUUACCUUUUGUUGAUCUGCUUCCUUUCUCAACAAGUAAGUCUUCACGCUGAAACUGAUUAACGGCCUUUUCAUUGAGCCCAAGGAACUGAGAUUCAGAAGUAAGAAAAUAUUUUAGAUUAUCCUGUUCAGUAUUAAUCGUUUCUUCUUUAGCUUUGUCUUUUACUUCAGGUCGUCUACCUAAGAUCACCUCAACCAAUAAAUCAUUACUAUGCAUCUCUUGUAUAUUAUUUUGUUGCACCAUUGGAAAUUGCGAAUUCUUUUGACCUCAGGAAGCGAACAUAACUAAUAAUUAUCGGGUUAUUUUAAGUUCUGGAAUUACAGUCAUAUCACCUAGACGCUCAUAUGUUGUGACGCAAAAAUAAUAACGAUUUUAUAUUUUCAUUUUAAAGAACUUUAUUGAAUGGAUUUUGACUUAAGACUAAACAUUACAUUUUUAAAAAGAGAGAUCUUUGUCUUGGAUGCAGAAUUGUUAUCUGCCAUCGAGAUGCCAUGCAUAAACAAAAGCCACACAGGGUAUUAAAUUCAGAUUAAUUUAAUGUGAGGCAAUUUGGUUUUUUCUGUUCUAAAAUAUAAAAAUUUUCUUUUGAUGUCCCAUAAUGGUAAAUUAAUCAUCUCAUAAACUUCUGAUUGGAACUGAUAAAAUUAUAACAAAUCUAUCCUUUUUUAAAUAGGCAGUUGGAUUUAUUUCCUUUAUUAUAUGACUAUAUUAUUCUAAACUUGGUGUAAAUAGUAUUUCGUUUUCUUUCUCACUUUCUAUCAAUAAUUGUAUGAAAUGUUUCGGUUCGAUUAUAAUCGGGUGAAUAACAUUAUCCUGUAGGAACAGAAUUGCUUCCGUUAUUUGAUUGAUUGUCAUUUCAUUGUGACUUUUUAGGAAAUAAAUUCUAAGCUUAAACUCUGUAUAAUAUUCUUUUAAUGCAAAAUACUUCAUAUCUUUAUUAAUUUUGUUCGAAAUUUCCUCUAAUGUUUUAGUUAGAGUGUUUGUUAAAUUUCCCAAUUCAUAAUAUGCACUUUUUAAAACCACAUUCUGUUUUUUUUUUUUAACCCAUCUAAAACUUUUAUUUCUUCUUGCUGACUCUUAUGUAUAUAUUCACAGUUUUCUUUGUUUAUUAUAAUAGCAUCUUCGUAUUGUUUAGCGUCUUCGCUAUCUAAAGUUCCGAAUAGAACUUUAAGACCUGACCCUACUAUGUUUAAUAGACCUCUUUUAUACCUUUCAUGACUUGUAUCUACCCCAAGUAGAUGGUAAAUAUUGUUAAAAUCUUUUCUUAAGCUUGUUAUCUGUAUUU